AUGGCUCCUGCCCGGGUCAUCGCAGACUCGGACGACUCGGACGAUGACUUCGACCUGGAAGACGGUCCAGCGAAGCCUCCAACACCCAAGAAAUCCAGCGAAGGACGUUCCUCCGAUCCAGUAAGCGCUGCGACAGGCUCGACCGACCCUCAAGUCUUCCAAGAGAUAUACAACGAUCAGCGAGCUCCAGCUACGAACGACAUCUUGUCGCAUCACGAUCGCUCCUCGGUGCCCCACGGCGCGGUCUCUAGCUCCGUAUCUGAUGGCAUAAAGGCUGCGACGAAGAAGGACGACACCAACACCUCAUCAUUGACUUCAAUCACCGACCCGACUAUGGGAUCGAACCGGACAAAGAAGGCAAAGAGACCGGAGAUCGUGGACCUUACGCAGGUCACGACCCCUGGGAGGAUUGCCAAUGACACGCCGAAGGACAUGUGGGACGUGCCUAGCAGCCCGGCCGAACAGCCAACAGCACCGAUCGCUACCUUGGCCAAAAAUAAAACGCCUACAAGCAACAAGAGGAAGCGAGUGAACAAUGUCGAGUUUACCUCUCCGUUGGCUAUCGAGAUGCCCUCCCAAGGAUCUACACAGCCGUUUGACGUCACUCCGGUAGGGAGAGCCAACCUUUCUCUACCCCAGGCAGCCAAGAAACAGAGAAUCGAUGCACCGGUGUCAUCGGCGGCGACAGACGAUAUUGACAUGGUGGUCCCCCUCGACGAUGGUUCUGUACUGGUCAACAGCCCGAUCUCCGGGCAGAAGCAGGUAUCUCUGUAUAUCGAACCCCGAGCUCUGACGGCUAGCCAACAGCUGCAAUAUGAGUAUCAUUCAGUCGACCCGUCGCCGGAUGACCAGAGACCACCGCCUUCCCGCCAUUUCACAACCUUGCAAGCUGCAGCACGCUCUAGUGGAGCUACGACUAUUGCAUACUCUACGCCCAGUCAAACACGAGUCCGGGGAAUGCUCCAAGAGUCAUUCGUAGAUGAUACGAACUCUCGAACGGCGUUUGAAGCCGUGCAGGAAAUACGAGAAGUCAUUGACCCCGAAGCGACAAUCGAGAUCCAGUCAUCACCGGACAUCAUAUCUGCAGCGCCUGUACGCAAGCAGCGCAGUCAGCACCGUGAUGAAUCUCCGCAGGCUGCAGCGUUGCAUGUUGCAGACGAUUGGAACUCGGACGACAUUGGAUUUCCUCGUGAGAUGUACAAACCUCGACCAAGCCGACGAAGGGGUAGCGACGCUAGUCGGCAGAGCGAUAACGGGAAUACCACAUUUACAACAGUCCCCGAGGCUGACAUGGGACCAGCUGCACAACUUAUCGAAGAGGCUGCUCCGCCAGCCAGCCCUCCCAAGCCCAAGAAGAGAGGGCGUCCUAGGAAAUCCGAUGCAACAGCAGCUCUUGAGCCUGCUGAGACCCAAGCACCGUUACCCGGAGUCACACCCGCAGUUUUGAGCGAGGUCGCCGAGAGCCCAGCUGCAGCGGAACCAACGUCAGCGGCUACACAGCAAACUAAGAAGAAAAGAGGCCGGCCAAGGAAGUCUGACAAGGUUGUCGCGGCGCACGUGCAGCAGGAACCCGUGGAUCAGCCCGCAGCCGUUGAACCCGCUGACGAGGCCAAGAAUAUUGAUGUUCCAGUGGAUUUGGAGGCUGCGGGUGAUAACCAAUUGGAAAAGACCAGCAGGUCAACCAAGCCCAAGAAGAGUGAUAAGAAGCGAUCUACAGAGGAGGCGACAGAAAAAGAGCCAGCGAGUGAGACUGCAAGUGAGGCGGGCGAAGCACGGGCUCUGCAGCCUACAACGGCCAACUCGGGGCUGAAGCCCGGUUCCGAUGGUUCGGGUCCGCAAAGCGCGGCAACAGAGGGGGAGGCGGCAGUUGUCACUCCCCAGAAGCACGAGGUCAAAAAAGAGGUGGCGGGCAAAGUCGAUGGCAAGCAGGGGACACCAAUGCCAGCAUCGCAGGCCGGAAAGCCUCUCUAUCGGGUGGGGCUCAGCAAGAAGUCGAAGAUUGCACCACUGCUUAAGAUUACCGGCACCGGCGCCGACACCACCCACACCCAGUCGCAGCGCUACCUGAGCACCCGCGGCGAGGACAGCGGUUUCUCCUUCGAGGAGGUCGUUCUCAAGGGUCUCGCCAGCGACGGCGGUCUCUUCAUCCCCGAGCACAUCCCCCAGGUCGCCAACUGGCAGGACUGGAAGGACCUCUCCUUUCCCGACCUCGCCCACAAGAUCCUCUCUCUCUACAUCUCCGCCUCCGAGAUCCCCUCCGAAGACCUCAAGGGCAUCAUCGACCGAAGCUAUGCCACCUUCCGCCACGCCGACACCACACCGCUCCGCCACCUGAACGACAACCUCUACCUCCUCGAGCUCUUCCACGGCCCGACCUUUGCCUUCAAGGACGUUGCGCUGCAGUUCCUCGGCAACCUGUUUGAAUACUUCCUCGUGCGCAAGAACGAGGGCAAGACUGGAAAGGACAGACAUCACUUGACUGUUGUUGGCGCUACGAGUGGUGACACAGGAUCCGCCGCCAUCUACGGCCUGCGCGGCAAGAAGGAUGUCUCUGUCUUCAUCCUGCACCCCAAGGGUCGCGUGAGCCCCAUCCAGGAGGCCCAGAUGACGACUGUACUGGACGAGAACGUCCACAACCUUGCCGUCACCGGUACCUUUGACGAUUGUCAAGACAUCGUCAAGGCCCUGUUCGCCGAUCCCGACAUCAACUCGACGCACAACCUCGGUGCCGUCAACUCCAUCAACUGGGCCCGUAUCCUCGCCCAGAUCGUCUACUACUUCCACUCCUACUUCUCCCUCGCCAAGACCUCCGAAUCCUUCAAGCUUGGCGACAAGAUCCGCUUCGUCGUGCCCACGGGCAACUUUGGCGACAUCCUCGCCGGCUACUUCGCCUUCCGCAUGGGCUUGCCCGUUGACAAGCUCGUCAUCGCGACCAACGAGAACGAUAUCCUCCACAGGUUCUGGACGACCGGCAAGUACGAGAAGCAGCCCGCGCCUCCCGCCGAGGCCACCGGCGGCCUGGCCACCGAUGGUGCCAAGGCGCAUGAGGACGGCGUCAAGGAGACCCUCAGCCCUGCCAUGGACAUUCUGGUCUCCAGCAACUUUGAGCGUCUGCUCUGGUUCCUCGCCUACGAGUUCGCUACCACCGCCGGCAUGGACGACGAGUGGAACAAGAGGCAAGCCUCCCAGGAGGUCGCCUCCUGGCUCAAGGACCUUAAGACCAAGGGCGGCUUCGGCCCUGUCUACAAGGAUGUGCUCACUUCAGCCCGCCGCGACUUCGAGAGCGAGCGCGUCAGCGAUCCCCAGACCGUCGAGACCAUCAAGGACUUCUACAACAAGAUCGACUACGUCCUCGACCCCCACUCUGCCAUUGGUGUUGCCGCUUCCCUGCGAUCCAUUGAGCGCGCCGCCGAGGUGCCUCACAUCUCCCUUUCUACCGCCCACCCUGCCAAGUUCGCCGGCGCCGUCGACAUGGCGCUCAAGGAGGAGCAGGGAUUCAACUUCAAGGAGAAGGUCCUCCCUACGGAAUUUAUCGGCCUGGAGGAGAGGGAGAAGAGGGUCACGGAGUGUGUCAACGACUGGCAGAAGGUCAGGGAGAUUGUCAGGGCGCAGGUCGACGAGGAGCUCAAGGCUCUCCACAGCUAA